AUGGGGUCUACCCUCUGGGCGUCAAUAACUCUCGUUACAACACUUCCCCCGGCCGCCAGUGCUUCAAGAUCGACGGGUGCGCAUAAACCGUGGCCAGACACAGCGAGAAGCCCGCCGCUUUCUCCCACCGCCAGACAAUUCGUAGCUCCACAGGAAGAAGUGCCGGUCGAAAAGCGACUUGCCAUCUGUGAUGAAGCUGUGACACAGCCUCUUCACCUUCCUCCAGAUGUCCUGCGGCGGGGCGUAGAUCUGCGCCUGGAAAAGCAGUAUCGGCACCGCAUAGCACAGCCGUUCAGCCGCACCGCUCACUGCCCAACUGAAAGUGUCCUGAACAGCUUUCCCGGAGGGGAGGCCCCUGAUCGCCUCCUUCACCUCCUGUUCCGUCCAUGUUGCGCUGAGUCUAUCCCGGUCCGGCUCAUUCAGCUUACGCCCGUCCUCAAUAGGCCACGGCUCCGUGGGCUCCGGCUGCGGCCCGACAAGAAACCCGACGGGGACUCUCCUGCCAGCUCCAGCAUCAGCCCCGACAUGAUCUGCAACCGCUCCCUAUUGCUCCAUCACCCUCCACCGUUCACUAUCAGCCGCGACAAGCCUUGGGUCUGCUGCUCCGACCGCAUAUUCAUCACCGCCGAAACUAACCGCCUGCCGCCGCGAACCAAUGAUCUGUCAGACCAUCUCGAGAAGAAUGUAAACUCCUUCCGGAUUGGGUGGAGGCUGCGGAAAGCAUCUUGCAGGUCCCAUCGCGAGCAAAUCUGCAGGAGCCUCCGAUUCUCCGCCGUCGUGCCAAGCUUCGAGGACUUGUCUAACUCAGGGUCCGCCACAAUAUUAAGGAAACCCAACACCGCGACACCUCCGGCCCUCUGCGACGGCGGCACCACUGCCCGAGCCUCGGGCCUGACUUUUGUCGAGAAAUUGUGGUCAGCCGGAAUCCAGGUGUCGACGCAAUAUGGGCGGCAGCUUGCUCGAACCGGGUCCCUUGCGCCUUCUCGCACAUCGGCUGAACACACACCCAUUCCUCUCGCGCAACGCCGGUGGACGUCCAGAAGGUCCUCAAACGGACCGUCAACAUUCAGCACCUCAGAUCCUGAAGCAAGCUUCCUUCGACCAGCAGUGACCAUCACAGGUGGGUCAGGUACGUUAGCACCGUCGUUGUUGGUCUCGUUGUCAGCGGUCUUCUUGCUGCCAUUGUUGCGCUUUCCUUUCACCAUCGUGCGAGGAUGA